AUGAAUUCCCAAGCAGCAAGCAGACACAAGCAGUUGCAGGGUCCAAAGCCUGCUUCUCUAAUUAUUAACAGAAACUCCACAAAGAUCAGUAAGCAGAAGCAGCACCUCUCACAUCAUUCACCAGUUAUAGUGCAUUUGAAAUCUCCCAAGGUCAUUCACGUCAGGCCUGAAGAAUUUAUGAGUCUCGUGCAGCAGCUAACUGGGAACCCCGUAUCUGCAGCUGCUGUUGCUGCCAAUUCUCCAAAAAUGGAGAAGAGUAGCACCGUUGCAGCCAUGGAUGAAAACCCAGUAGAGGAUUUUAUUGGUAGCCUAGGGCGUACUGCCAAUAUUUCAGUUGAUUUCCAAGCUUUAAUGCACUUUGUAGAUUUUGUAUAA